AUGACUGGCUGGUUUCAUUUACUCCGCCUCAACCCGGCUAGCGACACACCAGAUACCAAGAUGGAUUGGCACCCUGAAAGUAUCAAGCAUGGAGUACAGGCGCAGCAAGCAGCAGCCAUGACUAAUGACAGCCAGAAAUGCCUCUUUUUCCCCACCCUGCAAUGCCUGAACCUGCCGAUCCCUGACUGA